CGAUUCACAAAAUCCUAUUUUAUUUAUAUUUUGAAAUUGCAUUUACAUUGCAGUCAGACGUGACAUGUGUUUGACAUUCACUUCAAUGCACUCUACCAUCAGUUGAAACCAUUGACACACAUCACCACCAAUGGGUCCAAUGCCUCGCAAACGGGUUAAGAGGGGAACAGUGGAUGAGGUGAUGGUCGCCAACAAUGGCGGUGCGACCGAAGAGACCGUUAAGACAUCCAAAGGCAAGAAGUCGCAGAAGAGGACUAAGAAGUCUUCGGCGACAACCAUAUCCUCGCAGAAGACACCGAAAUUCAAAUGCAGUGAAUGUCUGUUGGGUUUCGACACCGAAAAGGACAUCAAUUCGCAUAUAUUUAGCACACAUUACGGACUCGCCCGAAUCAACGACGACCUGAAGACCCCAUUCACUGAGAAUCAGAUAAUUCAAGCGCUAAUCAAAGCCCAGAAAGUGAUGAAAGUGUUGAAGUGUCACAACGAGGGUUGCAAUAAGACCUUCAAGAGUGGUCUCGGAUUGAAAAUGCAUUGGGAUUUGUGCGGCAAAAGUGAGAGCGAAAUCACCAAAAAUUGUGAGAUCUGUGGCAAACAACUUAAGAUUCAAUCGGUUUCCUAUCACAUGAGAUCCAAACACAGCAAUCGGUCACCGGAUUCGCCGUCCGAUGAAGAGGUGGUCACCAAUGAUGAGGACAAUAGCAGUGCGAAGACUCCCAGAAAGAGAGCGUCGGCUAUAAAAGCCCAGAAGACUAUCAAAAAGAGCACAAAAGGAGAGCUGAUAAUCAGCGGAAGCGUUAGUGACAACGAAUUGACGGCAAAGAGUGAUUCGGAUACUGAAGUGGAGGCCGAAGAACCCGAAGAUAAGCAGACGUUCGAGAAAAACAAAACUUCGAGAGAAUUGAAUGAAUUGAAAGAAUUAAAGGAUUCGUAUAAUAAUAAGUUGAACACAGAAUCGGGUUUUCGACAAAUACUACUCCUUUGGAGAGAAUCUGUGAUUUCGAUCAAAGAAUUUCUGCGGGAAAUACCGAAAGACCAGUUCCAGCAGUGGCUCAACACUGUGUCACUGAAAGGCAAAGUCAGGUGUCCUCUCGAAGGCUGUAACCAAGCGUUCACAACACGCGAUGGACUCAAAUACCAUUACCAAAGGUGUGGAAUUGAGUUCAAAUUCACGUAUAAAUGCAAACUCUGUGGCUUUGAGGCACUCAAAGGAAAUAAAACUAUUGUUCAACACUUGUGGACAACUCAUAAGGAAUCGAUUCCAGAGCUGCCGUCAGAGCUCUUGGAGUUUAUCACUGAAGUGGAUAUGAGUCGCAUCGGUAACCAAAGUAACGGAUCCGCAAAAUACGAGAUCAACCGAAAGGAUACGACUACUUAUGCCCUCGAAUUUCAUCGCCGGUUUUACAAACAGAAAUCAUUUCCAUCUUAUGUGCCAACGAGUCAGUCAUGGAUUCCUUUGUCCGAAGAUGAGCUGAGCGCCUACAUCCCAACGCCCAACCCCUCGGCGUAUUUCAAGUCCACCUUAAGUACCGGCGACUCAUGGAAUCAGUUGAAUCUAUUCGAGUCGUUGUCUACCCAACAAUACAUCACUUUCUUCGUGGGCGGCCCCGUGUGGGCGACCGCCUGGUGUCCCCUCCCGCACAGCGCCACCACUUGUGAUCAGUUCUUAGCCGUGGCGUCGAACAUGAAUUGGGACACAACUCACACACUGAACGACACGGACAUCGAGAGCGGACUCAUUCAGCUCUGGAGCGUCGGACAACUCGGCACUGCAUUCGACGCCACAGUUAAGCCCCGACUGGCCUUCAGUAUUGCCCACUGCUGUGGAAUGGUAUGGGAUAUGGAGUGGUGUCCGGGCGGCACCACAUGGGACGACAUCAGCGGUCAUAAGCCAAAUGAUACUCAAGCCUUGCCUCGUAUGGGACUGUUAGCCCUGGCGUGCGGCGAUGGUUUCGUACGCAUUCAUAGUAUACCUCAUCCCCAGACACUCAACAAUUCAUACGACAAUACUCUCUAUUAUAACGAACCGGUCGUUAUACUAAACCCUCCCGGAGUGGGAAACUCAGUCAACUGCGAGAACACAAUCUGUAAAUGCAUUUCUUGGAUCAAAUCCAACGAACAGCACCUAAUCGUCGCCGGAUAUGGCAGUGGAGUGAUCGCCGUCUGGGAUCUGACCACCAAAUCGUCGCUUCUGAUUGUGGAGCAGAGCGUCAGUCAAACCAUAUUAAGACCGCUCAACAGUUGGAUGGCUCACAGCGCGUCCGUCAAUGGCAUCAAAUGGUUUGACUCAUCCAGCGAUCAGUUCGUCGUUUCGUGUGGUUUCGAUCGGUCGGCAAAACUCUGGAAUCUAAAGGAUCUGACCGUUCCCAUCACUACCGUCAAGAGGGGGUUAUUUACCGCAAUCGACACUCAUAUGCAAUGGAACGGAAUGUUUUUGGGCAACGAUGACUGCUAUCUUGCAAACAGUCUGACCACUCAUAAGAGCUGUGUUUGGGAUAUGUCAUUAUCUGAGUGGACGGCAGCAGUGGUCAGUGUAGACGCGGCCGGAGAAGCAGUAAUUUUCCCCAACUUUCAAUUCAAAGCCGACCCAAAGAGGAAACCCUACGAUAGACUUCCUCUGUUCCAUAUCUCAGUCCAGCCCUUGGAUGAGAUAACACCCAAACCAUCGAAGAAUACGAAAACUAAGAAAUCGAAGCAAAAGGACGACAAAAAUGAUUUAAUAAUCGAUGCAAAGGAGCCGCCCCUCAGGUCUUACCCUGAGUUCACCGCUAAAUACGGUCUCGUAUUCAAUGAUUACGAUUUGACGUCUGCGAAGGCCAUACCCAUUGACGAAAUAAAUCGGAUCCGUUUGCCAACGCAUAUGCAAUACCAGCGACUCAGCGAUUAUCCGCUCCUAUCAAUCAAUAGAGUCUGCUGGAAUCCAAACCACACGUCCUGUGUCUGGCUUUUGACGGCCACGCAGUCGGGUCUCUGUCGGCUCUCGUGUGUCCCGUUCCUCAGCUCAACCCCAGCACUCAACACUUGAUACCCCCGGACGACACAACUGUUACCAAACAUCGACUUAUUUUUAUAGACAAUUAUAUAUACAAAAUAUUUUAUUGUAUUUAUUAAAUUAAGUUAAAUUAACUGAGUCUUGAAUUUUUUUUGUAUACUUUAAAAGUGUAAUUAAAAAUUUUGAUAUCAA